AAAUUAAUAAAAACUGCGAACAUGAGCGUGAACGGCGGGUUGCGUAUUAACCGCGAGCUGCUAUGGCGUAAGCUCUUCGCAUUCGACCAUCAACCAGCCGAGGAUGUUCCCACCAGUACUCAAGACAUCACUGGUCAUCUGUGCAGUGUCAUCCAGACCGCCGUAGCCCGUGGGCGUCAUGAACCUUUGCGCCAGAUGCUGGUGCAGCGACUCGGAUACUGGUUACGUUCGGACGUGGUUUCGCCAUUCUGGAGCUUUUUCGACUCAAUACCGGCCGAGAUCGAGCACAGCAGAGGUGCAAGACGAGGUCGCAGACGCGUGGCUUUGCUCUGCGCGCAGCAACUCACGCUGGCGCUGCAGUUCGCCGAGGACGCCUUCGCCCAUUGCGUGCAGAUCGCCAGCCUCUUCGACGAUCAUGUGCAAAUUAUAAAAGGACGGCGAACAAUGUUGCAGGAACUCAGGACCAGUUUUCGCUGUCUAGUGUUCGAUGAUUCGCGGGCAGUCGAGAGAUUCGAGGAACUUCUGCUCAUUUUCUUCUCCAUGAGCUUCCAGAAGUUUCGGGGCAAGGAGAAAUCGCAGGCUUUCGACUCCAGACCAAUACGGCAGACACUGCUGCAGCUGGAAUGGCUACAUGUGGCCGAGCCAGCGUUGCUAAGAGUGUUGCACUCUCAGAUAAAAAAGGUGGUCAAGUCGACGUGUGGAGAAGUGUAUGACGAGCUGUUCCUGACAGAGGUGGAGCAGUGGGCGUGUUCCGAGCUGCUGCCAUGGCUGGAGGAGAUCAUGCAAACAAAGGAUGAGGCUUCGACAAGGAAGUGGAGGGAUAUUCUAUCUAGACAAGUGCUACAGGAGUUUGGGAGUCUUCGUAUCAAGCAGCUCUUCGAGAUUAUCAAGGAGUUCCCAGACAGUGUACCGGCGUUAGAAGACCUCAGACAGUGUCUGGAACGCACACAGCAGCAUGGUGAGCUAUUGCAGGAAUUUCGAGGUGCAUUGCAGGCGCGACUACUGCAGCCAGGAGCCAACACGUCCGCAAUCCUCGAUAUUUAUGUGUCUACUAUCAAGGCAUUUCGUCUGUUAGACCCCAAGGGUGUACUGCUGGAGGCGUUGAGCGACCCGGUGAAGGAGUACUUGAGAAAGCGCAAAGACACAGUUCGCUGCAUUGUCCAGAGUCUCACUGAUGAACAGAACGGCGACCUGUUCGAAGAGCUUCGCCGAGACAAUAUGCGUAUUAUCCAGCACGACGAUGAUAGUGAUGACGAUGAGGACAUGUCACCAGACUCGUGGGAACCAGAUCCGAUUGAAGCAGACCCGACGAAAACAUCGCGCAGUCGAAGCAGCGACGACAUCCUGAGAAUUCUUGUCAACAUUUAUGGAAGCCGCGAGCUGUUUGUGAAUGAAUAUCGCAUGAUGCUGGCAGAUAAGCUGCUGCACAAUCUCGAGUUCGAUACCGAUCGUGACGUACAGACGUUAGAGUUGCUUAAGCUGCGCUUUGGUGAAGAUAGCUUGCAGCAGUGUGAGAUCAUGGUGCGUGAUAUUGAGGACUCAAAGCGACUCAAUGUAAACGUUCAUUCAACUAUGAACAAGCCUGAGUCGAAAGCGGCGGUUGCUACAGAGACAAGUUCUGGAGUAGAGACAGAGAGUCAACCUGCCCUACCUGGAAUUCCAUUCACUCGGGUCGAUGCUACGAUCGUUUCUCAACAAUUUUGGCCGCCCUUACAAGGCGAAGACUUCACGCUGCACCCGAAAGUGUCGAAGGAUGUUGAUGCGUUUAAGGAUGCCUACAACGUGCUGCGUAACCCGCGGUCGUUGGAAUGGAAUUCUUCUCUUGGCUCCGUUCAGCUUUCAAUUGAGCUGGAAGGUGAAGAGCGCGAGUUUAACGUGUCUCCAUUGCAAGCCACGAUGAUUCUUUACUUUGAAGAGAAAGAUCGGUGGAGUGUUGAGGAGCUUGCAGCGAAGUUGGAGAUUUCUGACGAUUUACUACUGAAGCAUGUGUCUCUGUGGGUGAAUCACGGACUGGUAUCAUUUGGCUCGGGACGAAAAGAGCUGGUGGCUAGUGUAUCAUUCCAGGACACCCGGUGCGACGAUGACUCGAUGGUUGAAGACGUCGAAACUGCAGUGUCAUCAGACGCACAGGCAGAAGAGGACUUCAAAGUAUUGGAGAACUAUAUCGUGGGUAUGCUCUCGAACUACGGAUCGCUUACUAUCCAGCGAAUCCACAACUUGCUUUCCACGUUCGCGCGAAGUGGAGCCCAACCAUAUACCAAGACGAUCUCUGGUCUUUCUGUGGUUCUCGGUAAGCUAGUCAGCAAAGGCAAGCUCGAGCUUGUUGGUGGCCAGUAUCAACUAGCCAAAUAGCUUGCUGCGUCUUCCCUACUGUGUUUUGUCCCGUAUUUUCAGAAGCCAUCAGGGCAGGUCUUGUGGGUGUGGCCAACGGAGGCACAGGUCAAGCAGAUUGGUUUCGGCGCAGCUCCAUUCUUCUUCCCAUGCUUGAGUGAAAGCUGAUCCAUCGAAUACGCUCUUGCCAACCGCUUCUCGUACGUGAGCCCGCUGUGGCAGCCAAACUGGAAGCAAAAACGCAUGAAUAUGAUAGUAACAUAAAAACAUAGCAUUUCCCUCAGCGAAUUCUCUCACUCACCUUUACAUUGGUCUCCAAGUCCUUCGGCACGUCGUAGUACUUCUACAAUACAAUAUUAAUCAGUAAGAAAUACAGCAGGUGUCA